CGUCAGCGCCGCUUGCCGCUCGCCGCUCGCCGCUUGCCGCUUGCCGCAGGAUCGCUGGGGCGCAGCUCGCGGGCAGCUCUCCGCGGGAGCCACCGAGACCUCUGCGCCGCUCCGCGAACAUGGCCGACUCGGAGAACCAGGGCCCCGCGGAGCCGAGCCAGGCGGCGGCGGCGGCGGAGGAGGUAAUGGCGGAAGGCGGUGCGCAGGGGGGAGAUUCUGACAGCGCGUCCGGCGACUCCGACGGCGCGGUCGGUCAGACGGCUGAGGAGCCCCAGACGCCUGCGGAGAAUGCACCGAAGCCUAGAAAUGACUUUAUCGAGAGCCUGCCUAACUCGGUGAAAUGCCGGGUCCUGGCGCUCAAAAAGCUGCAGAAGCGGUGCGAUAAGAUAGAAGCCAAAUUUGAUAAGGAAUUCCAGGCUCUGGAGAAAAAGUAUAACGACAUCUAUAAGCCCUUGCUCGCUAAGAUCCAGGAGCUCACCGGUGAGAUGGAGGGGUGUGCAUGGACCUUAGAGGGUGACGACGAGGAGGAGGAGGAUGGAGAGUACGAGGAGGAGGAGGAGGGGGAGGAGGAGGAGGAGGGGGAGGAAGAGCCUCCAGCAGAGGCUGCGGCGCAGGCGGCGGGCGCCGCCGCCGAGGAUGAGGGUCCCCACUCGGCAGUGUCUGACGACGCCCAGAAAUAAGCGGGGGCAGAGACUGCAGAGGAGAAUGACGACGCAGAUUAAAAACCCCGAUUUUUUUUUUUUUUUUUUUAACACAUCGGUGGACUUGAAAAGGCUCAGGUUUUGGACCAAAAUACAAUGUGAAUCAAUUCUGACAUUCCUAAAAUCAUAUUAAAUCGACGCAAUCAGAUUCUGGCCAGCCCGUUUCCAAUCUGAACACCAAUAUACCAAAAGGUGUUGCAAACGAGUUAAAUUCGAAAUGGUUUUUUCAUGAUCUCUUCUGCGAGGACUGGAGUUGAGACUUCCUAAGGGUGUCAAGUAGAUGUGAAGUAAAGAACGUCACUUGGAAACCCUUGGAUCACACUAUCAUCACACUACGCACAGACACCCCAGCCGAGACUGAACAUGUUCUCAAUGCCUAAUUCUGCAAUUUCUUUAGUCUUGCAUUUUUCCAGCGCAGAAACAGCAGAACCCAAGAAAAAUCUCAUCUUUAAGACUUUGCUUUCGUAACCCAGACAUCAGCUUUACACUUCAGAGAAGCGUGAUGGGAUGGAGGAAGCCCGUGCCGGAGAUCAUGACAGUACUGUUAAUGAGGCCCAGAAAACUGCCACUUCAAAUUCUAAAGACUGUUCUGAAUAUUUGGUUCUGAGAAGGAGGGUGUAUAACCUGUACACUAUUGUCAACAUAUGUGUUCAUUAUUUACAGUCUCGUGUUUAUGUGUUUUCUUGGUAGUGUCUGUUUACAAAGGUGUUAAAAAAAAA